AAAAAAAAAAAAGCUCUGCCGAAACUGGAGCGUGCCCAUAACUCCUUCCGCUGCAAGCUUUACGCGAGAAAACUCCCCUGCUCGGUGAUAUAUACGCACGGAUUCAAAAUUCCUGAAGAAGAGCUGCUUGAGAGACGAAGAAGAAGAGAAAUGACAGAGGAAACCAAGUUCAGCGUGUUAGUAAGUCUGUUCAACUGGAUUCAGAAGAGCAAAACCUCCACCCAGAAGCGCUCCAAAUUCCGGAAGUUCCUCGACACUUUCUGCAAACCCGUCGACUACUUUGCUGCCAUUCGCCUUAUCCUUCCUUCGCUCGAUAGAGAGCGGGGGACCUACGGUCUUAAGGAGUCGGUACUCGCCACCUGCCUCGUCGAUGCCCUCGGCAUGUCCAGGGACUCCGAGGACGCCGUGCGUCUCAUCAACUGGCGCAAAGCCGGCGCCAAGGCCGGUGCUAAUGCGGGAAACUUUGCUCUCGUUGCUGCUGAGGUCCUGCAGAGAAGGCAAGGAAUGGCUUCGGGUGGACUCACAAUCAAGGAGUUAAAUGAUUUGCUUGAUCGCUUAGCUUCGAGUGAAAACAGAAAUGGCAAUAGAUCAGAGAAGAUUUCAGUCCUUUCUAUCCUUAUUAAGAUGACAAAUGCCCAGGAAAUGAAAUGGAUUGUCAUGAUAAUUCUUAAAGAUCUGAAAUUGGGGAUUAGCGAAAAGAGUAUUUUUCAUGAAUUUCACCCUGAUGCUGAAGAUUUGUUUAAUGUCACCUGUGACUUAAAGUUAGUUUGUGAAAAGUUGAGAGAUCGCAGUCAACGGCAUAAGCGGCAGGAUAUUGAAGUAGGAAAGGCUGUGCGUCCCCAACUGGCUAUGAGAGUUGGUGAUGCAACUGUUGCAUGGAAGAAGCUUCAUGGGAAGGAAGUGAUUGUUGAGUGUAAAUUUGAUGGAGAUCGCAUCCAAAUUCACAAAAAUGGAACGGAGAUACACUAUUUCUCAAGGAACUUUCUUGAUCACUCUGAAUAUGCACAUGCAAUGUCAGAUCUUAUCGUGCAACAUGUUCUGGUUGAUAGGUGUAUUCUUGAUGGAGAAAUGUUGGUCUGGGACACAUCUUUGGAUCAAUUUGCUGAGUUUGGUUCAAACCAAGAAAUAGCCAAGGCAGCGAAAGAAGGGCUUGACAGUCAUAGACAGUUGUGUUAUGUUGCAUUUGAUAUCCUUUAUGUCGGAGAUACUAGUGUCAUCCACCAAAGUUUGAAGGAAAGGCAGGAGCUGCUACAGAAAGUGGUGAAGCCUUUGAAAGGCCGUUUAGAGAUUCUAGUACCAAAUGGGGGUCUUAAUUCUCAUCGCUCUCUUGGGGAGCCUUGUUGGUCACGUAUUGCUUACAGUGCCGAUGAUGUUGACAGAUUUUUCAAGGAAACCAUCGAAAAUAGAGACGAAGGAAUUGUCAUAAAAGACCUUGGUUCCAAAUGGGAACCUAGUGACCGUAGUGGAAAGUGGUUGAAGUUGAAGCCGGAUUAUAUUCGUGCUGGUUCUGACUUAGAUGCUCUUAUCAUAGGAGGAUACUAUGGCUCUGGACGUCGUGGAGGAGAGGUUGCACAAUUCUUAGUUGGUUUAGCUGAGUCUUCAGGACCAAAUGUAUAUCCCAGACGGUUUAUCUCCUUUUGCAGGGUGGGUACUGGGCUUUCUGAUGAGGAGCUUGAUACUGUUGUUUCCAAAUUAAAACCUUAUUUUAGGAAAUAUGAAUACCCAAAGAAGGCAGCACCAAGCUUCUAUCAGGUUACAAAUCAUUCCAAAGAGAGACCGGAUGUUUGGAUUGACAGCCCUGAGAAAUCAAUAAUUUUUUCUAUUACCAGUGACAUUAGGACUAUAAGGUCCGAGGUAUUUGCUGCACCAUACAGCCUGAGAUUUCCGCGUAUUGAUAGAGUAAGAUAUGACAAGCCUUGGCAUGAAUGCCUUGAUGUGCAGUCAUUUGUAGAAUUAGUACAUUCAAGUAAUGGUACCACACAGAAACAUGAAGAAUAUGAAGGGCUGCCGGGUAGUAGAGUGAAGCAUGGAAGGUCUUCCAAAAGGGGAGAUAAGAAGCAUGUCUCAGUUGUUCCGUCACACUUUCUUCAUACUGAUGUUUCCAACAUUAAGGGAAAAACCUUCAUAUUCUCAAAGAUGAUGUUUUACUUUGUUAAUGUGCCUCCAACAUAUUCUCUUGAUUCUUUACACAAAAUGGUUGUUGAGAAUGGUGGGGCAUUUUCCAUGAAUUUGAACUCCUCUGUCACUCACUGUAUUGCAGCUGAAAAUACUGGGAUUAAAUAUCAGGGAGCAAAGCUGCGGGGAGAUAUCAUCCAUUAUUCUUGGAUUUUGGAUUGUUGUUCACAAAAGAAGCUUCUCCCUCUUCAGCCAAAGUAUUUCCUCUUUCUGUCGGAUACUUCAAGGAAGAGAUUACAUGAAGAAAUUGAUGAAUUUUCUGAUUCUUAUUAUUGCGAUCUUGAUCUUGCAGACAUUAAACAGCUCCUAAGUAAUAUUUAUGGAUCCGAAGACAUAAAAAAUGUGGACUAUUAUAAAAAAAUGCUGUGUCCAAAGGACAAAUGGUGUUGUUUUCAUGGCUGCUGCAUCUACUUCUACACAUGUACAGAGUCUCUCAAACCUGACUGGGAAACCUUGUCGGGACUCACACUGAGGAGGUUGACACUUGAAGUUUUGAUGGGUGGUGGAAAAGUUAGUAACAAUCUUGCCCAUGCUUCUCAUUUUAUACUCUUGUCAGCAUUGGGGGACAGAAUGGAUUUUGAUUUCCUUAUGAAAAGUCUCGGUACUGAGGAGAGAUGUCUCUUAUCAAGGAAGAAAUUGCAUGUUGUUCAAUCUCAGUGGUUGGAGGACAGCUUGGAGCGGGAGCAAAAGUUGCAAGAAGAUGCAUAUAGCUUGAAGCCUAAGGGCUACUAUGGGUCAAAACUUGAAGAGAGCAACUCGGACCAAGAUAUGGAAAAACCUACUAGUUUGGAUGGUGUAGGAAGCUUGAAUUUGCUGCCUUUGCCUGUCAACAAGGGGAAACAGAGAAGAGGGAAACUUUCUGGGAAAGAUUCUGUAAUACCAAACUCCUCCAAUAGAGAUGGGAAAAGGAAAAGAGGAAGGCCUGCUGGAAAGAUUGUGAAGGGUAGAAAUGUCAUCCAAGCUCGAAGAACACGGCCACGUCUUGGCAAAAUCGCUUCUAAAAUAUCUGAAAAUGAAACAGAGGAUAGUGGAUCUUCUGAUGAAAAAAUGAACGAUGAAGAGAAUGAU